AAACAAAUAUCGAUAAUUAGAAAACUUCACGUUUUCCACUCUGAGUAAGAAAAUUUCUCAUACUUUGAUCAGGUCAUCGGAUCGCAACUUGCCACUUUUCGUCUGUCUCUCCUCUCGUGUUCCGUCGUUCCGUCUGCCAAGAGAUCGCCUUCCGAGGUUACAGAAAGGCUAAAAUGGCUGCCCUUGCCCGUUCAUUUCGCCCCGCUAUGCGACUGCUGUCCAGCAGUCGCCCAGUUGUCACCACUAAGCGAGGAUAUGCAGAUGAAAUGUCUUUCACAUUCGCUGCAGCCAACCAGGUAUAUUAUGUUGGAGCUAAUGUGAAGCAGGUAGAUGUCCCAUCUUUCAGCGGAAGCUUUGGUAUUCUGCCGAACCAUGUUCCAACUCUUGCUGUUCUUAAACCCGGAGUUGUCACUGUAUAUGAAGCUGAUGGAAGCAAGAAGGAAGUUUUUGUAUCUAGUGGAACUGUAACUAUCAAUGAUGACUCAUCUGUGCAAGUCCUUGCUGAGGAAGCUUGCCUUGUUGAUGAAUUGGACAGGAGUGCAUGCCAGGAUGUACUAUCCAAAGCUCAGAGCCAACUGGCAUCAGCAUCAUCAGCAGUUGAAAAGGCAGAGGCAGAAAUUGCCGUGGAAGUUGGUCAAGAACUUGUACGGGCUGCUGCCUAAUUUUCUCCUGCAUUUCUUAAUCCUCCUAAAUUAGUCCCUUAUGAAAUUAUUGAUCAUAGGUUUUUAUCCUCAAAUCUAUGGUUUUCUCUCAAUGCAAAAUUUAUUUGGAGUUCAUGAAAAAACAAAGAAACUGAUUUUAGAUGUUGAAAUAACCUGUUAAAGUUCAAAAUCAAGAUUCCAGUUGUCAGCAAUGUAGAUGUAAAUAUGCACCUAAAAUACUGCCAUUACUGCUUUUGAGGAUUAAAGUGGUUAUGAAAUUUUA